AUGCCAUCAGUAUCGCCAAGUACAUUAAAGUCUUAUGAAAGAAUUGUAGGCAGUGCAAUUGAAUCAGUCGCUGACCAAAGCUGCGAAGAAGCAUUAGUUGAGGAAAUUGCCCUCACCAGUGAUGAAAAUUCCAAAGAAAUUCAAAAUGCCAAAGAACCUUCCUCUAAUGAACCCAAUUUACCUUCUCCAACAUCAAGUUUGAAAAAUAAGCAAGAGCCUGGAACUUCCCCUAAAGAGAAUACUACGUCGACUUCGAGUACAAAAACAAGCAAACCGAAUUCAAAAUGUAGCAAGCAUAGAUUAAUCGGUGGCUUAGACAAUGGUUGGCAAAGGCGCGGAACUGGACGUUCAUAUAACAGCUCGUCUGGUCACACUUCAAUGAGAGCGAGACAGUCAGGUAAAAUGAUAGGCCGAGCUGGACGAACCAAAAAAUGUGCCAAAUGUGCGCGUGAGCGAAACCCGACAGAUCACGAUUGUCGUUUGAAUUACAAUAAAAGUUCUAAAUCGAUGGAAGCCGACAUGGCUAAAGAACUGAUAAUCGACAAUUCUCUUUUAAACAAAUACAAUGCGAUGAUUUCAGUACUCAUUAUGGAUGACGAUUCAUCGACAAUUUGUGCUUUACGUAGAGAAGCAGAAGAAUUCAUAGAAAAGUGGUCCGAUAUGAAUCACGCGAAGAAAAAUUUAACUAAAAAGUUGAUUCCAUUGAAGAUGUCGCAAAAAGUACAAGACUACUUUUCCAACUGUUUCUCUAUAGCAAUCCAGCAAAACCGAAGUAAUGCCGAUGGUGUACGAGCAGCUUUAUUAAGCAUUGUUCCCCACGCGUUUGGAGAACACAAUCAGUGUGGUAAAUGGUGCAAAUAUUCUGAACUUGGAGAGAAAUACGUACAUGUAAAUUUACCUCACGGAAAACCAUUGGCAGAUAUUAAUUUACGUGUUAAGCUAUCUGAAAUUUUUAGUAAAUUUUCUAAUGAUGCUCACAAGUUAGCUCCUUGCGGUUCAACACAAGGCAACGAAUCUUUCAACAAUGUCGUUGCCAGUAAACAUCCUAAACAUAGACAUUAUGCUGGAUCUGAAUCUUUUGUUGUUCGAGUAGCGGCUGCAGUAUGUCAAUGGAAUCUUGGUACGGUUUACGUUGUACAUGUAAAUUUGAAAUUGGGUCUACCUCCAGGUCAUUUUGCCAUGCAAUAUCGACAAACUAAAGAUCAGAAACGGAAGCGAAAAGCAGUUGAAGCAUCAACUAUCCAGAAAAAACGAAAAAGAGUCGAGCUGAAGAGAAUAAGAUCUAGUAAGGAUGCUGGAGCAGAGCGGAAAGAAGGCAUUACGCAUGAGUCUGAUUGUUCCGCUGAAACUUUACCCGAAUUGCUUGACAAUGAAAUGAAAACAAAUAGCUGCUUGCUGCACAAAUUGGACAUUCUUCCCUCCAGAGGCAUAUCAAAACGUAUCACUGAUGUGACAAAUCUUCAUAUUGUCGGCGGUGAAAUGUUUUUCGGUGAUACAUUAUUAAAAACCGUUUCACUUCGAGUCGCAAUGGAAGAUUUUUUAUCUUUUUUAGACACACAAGGUGAUCAAGUUAUCCUUAUGGCUCAUAAUGGUUACAAAUUUGACUUCCCACUGAUGCUGCGCAAUCUAUCAAGAUUAAAUUUGCUCGAUGAGUUUAAGACUAUUGUUACUGGGUUUAGUGAUACUCUGAAUAUUUUUAGAAAUAUUCUACCAGAACGCAGAAAAGCAAAAAAAUCCUUUUCUCAGACAACACUUGCAGUAGAAUAUCUAGGUCAAGAGAGUGCAGAAGGAGCUCAUAAUGCUCUUGCAGACGUUGACAUUUUACAGAAACUCAUCAGCGCCAUAAAAAUCGAUCAUCUAACUAUUUAUAAUCACACUCAAAACAUAACAGACUUUAUACGCAACGAAGCGUUAAAAAACGUUCAUACAUCAAACAAAAUAUCUUUGGAAUUUUUAAAAAAUUGUGUUUCCACCAAUAUGUUAUCGCGAAUAGCAAAAGCGGGUAUCAACCGUAGUCUAAUAAUUGACGUUUACAAAACUAAAGGCCCAAAAGGAAUAGAGAUGCUGCUUAGUGAGGACGUAAGAGGUAGACCUCGAGUGACAAAACAUAAAAAAAGUAUUGCGAUACUGACAAAGGCAAUCAGCACUUCAUACAAUUAA